GGCUGGUGGGCCAGAGCUCCUGGCUGCAGGAGAGUCUGCUCCGGCUGGUGGCCUCUCACAGUAACGCAGCCACAGCCUACCAGUGCGCCCUGGACCUCUCCUUGCCCGAGGAGCGGCUACCGGCUUUCGUCGCUGCGAAGGUCCACCAGCUCAAGCUGCGGGGGAGGAUGAUCAAGGUGGACCGGAGACUGGAGGAGCCCCACGACGCCCGGAAGGAAAAGUAUUAUCAGCUGUCCAUCCCCAGGGAGAAUAUCCACCUGCUGGCCUCCUGGGAGGACCUGGCCGGGCAGGAGGCCCGGCCUGCUGCAGGUGGGUACCCAGCUGGCUCUUGCAGCAUGCCGCUGGCGGGAGCCACCGUGUCCGGGAUUCUGGGUACUGUGUGUCCCGGCCGAGUGGUUGGAGUGGACGUGGAGUGCGUGCUUUCGUUUGUGACCGAGGACAGGCACCAGAUGUCACUCGUGCAGGUGGCCGAUGAGGACCAUGUGUUCCUGCUCGAUGUGCUGGCGCUCCUGCAGCCACCAGGGGGGCAGGGGGCACAGGCCUUCUCCCGCAUGGUCCGGCUCUUCUCAGAUGCCUCCAUCACUAAGCUGGGUUAUGGCUUGGCAGCAGACCUGCAGCAGCUGGGCACUGUCUGUCCCUCCUUGGUCGGCAUGGAGAAGCAGAUCUGUAGCAUUGUGGACCUGCAGCCUGUGCACAAUCAGAUGCAAGAGAUGGGUGUGGCGGUGCCCACCACAGGGGACAGGACAACGAGUCCACGCGGCCUGAGCCUCCUGGUACAGCAGGUGCUGGGUACACCCCUGGACAAAACAGAGCAGCUCUCCAACUGGAGCCGGCGGCCGCUCCAGGAGUCCCAGCUUCUCUAUCUGCUGAUGCCUACUGCCUGCUGGAGGUGUACCAUGCCCUGGGCAGAGGCCUCCCGCCCUUCCCCCACCAGAGGGCCCUGGGGCCGCAGCCAGACACCUGUGAGCAGCCAGAGGCCAGGGCCCCAGGGUCCCAGACCAUCAGAGGCCACAGCAGCACCGGGGCAGGUCCCCGUGUGCACCGAGGAGGGUGCCGCUGCCCCUCAGGUCGCUGCCCGGGCCUUCCGCGUGGUCUGCGACAGCAUGCUGCAGGGACUGGCACGGAGCCUGCGCUCCCUAGGUGUGGACGCAGUUGUGCUGGGCGACCGUGAGGACCACAGCCAGCUGGCUGAGAUCGCCAGGCGAGAAGGACGGGUCAUCCUGACCUCAGGGACGCCUUACCACAAGCUCCAAGCACAGGUGGCUGCUGCGCGCUGCCUGUCCAUCAACUGCUCACUGAAGGCCCGGCUGCAGGCGAAGGCCGUGCUCCAGCACUUCAACAUCCGGGUCACCCACGCGGACAUCUUCAGCCGCUGCCAGGCCUGCAAUGGUGACGAGUACCUGAAGAUCUCCAAGGCCUUGAUGAUGCAGCUCAGCGGCCAUCCACAGAGUCCCGGCGGCACGGGUGGUGGAGCUGCCCAGAGUAAGGACAAGAAGCCAGGCAGAGGCUCAGAAGCAGCUCCUGGCGGCUGCGCCUGUGACCCCCCUUGCAGCUGGCUGGCACUGGAGGACCUGCAGGCCAGCACCCCUGCCACUCUGGGCAACGGCACCCGGCUGCAGCUGGCAGGGGGUCCCAGAGGGUGUGCUGAGGAGGCCUGAGCUGCAGCACUUCUAUUGCUGUACGCGCUGUGGGAAGAUCUUCUGGGAGGGGUCCCACCGGGGCCCCGCGUCGCCCUGCACUUCCAGGACUUCCUGGAGGAGGCCCCCCGCCCCGCCUCCGCCCCUUCCGAGGGCCUGGCAGCCAGAGGCUGUGGGACAAUAAAGAGAACAUGACCAAUGGCCAGGCACCAGUGGCUCGCGCACACCUGCAAUCCCGGCUACUCGGAGGCUGAGAUCCGAGGAUCUCGGUUCAAAGCCAGCCCGGGCAGAAAAGGCCAUUCAACUCAUAUCUCCAGUU